UCAGCGCAGUUCUACUCAAUCCAGCCAUCUCCUCUCCUCUCCUCAUCAUGUGGGCUCACCUGCUCGUGGCUCUGCUGGCAUGUGCGCUGAUAACUGGCGAUGCGGCACCACCCUUGGAUUUGGUCACGUGCAACGAUGCCACCGUUGGGGCGGCAGUGAACCUCGCCAUCCGUCACAUCAACGAGCACCACCAUCAUGGCUACAAGUUUAAGCUUGGAGAGAUCCAAGGACAUAAAUAUGAAAAGGUGGGUGAAGGUUGCAACAUUGAUUUGCAGCUGAUGCUCUUCGAGACCAAAUGUCACUUCACCAACCCCAAAGCUGCUGAGGACUGUGAAAUGUGGGAAAUGGGUGAACGGGGUGCAUCUGCCUCCUGCACCAGCAUGUUGAGCGUGCAGGAUGGCAUAGCCACAGUCACCCGCCAUCAGUGCACCACUCAACAAGCUAUGUCCAACGAGGACAUGUUCCUGACGUGUCCUGACUGCCCCUCGAUGAUGUCUCUUAACGACCCUGAUGUGAUGAGGGUAGUUGCGGAGGCUGUGCAGAAAUACAACCAGGAGUCCAACCACCAGCAUUACUUUGCCCUGCUGGAAGUGGGGCGUGCACUAAGCGCGUACAUCCCAUCCCUCGGCAUGGUGACCUACCCCAAAUUUGCUUUGGUUGAGACAAACUGUCCUAAAGGCUCCAGGAUUGCCCCGGAGGCCUGCGUGCCUCGCUGCCCUGACAGAGCUCAAUACGCCAUGUGCGGCACAUCUUAUUCCACCAUAAAUGGAGUUAAAUCACCCGAGUGUGAAUUAUACCCAGCCAAAAAUUCUGCCCCCCUCGGGCCUGGCGAGGUAGAACCAGUGUGUGCGUCAUCCUUCCACCAAAGUGCUGAAGCGACCACCUGCAGAACUCAGAUGACCAACAAUGAUCCAGCUCUCCAUCAUAUUUGUCCCUUCCCUCUUGCCGUACAGCUUCCGCAGCAAGAGCAGGUUCAUCACUGAGCGCUGCCACUACAAGCUGAUAUUGUCUCACACACAUAUUGAGUCAAUAAAAGAAAAAAUAAUAAAACUUCCUACAAAGUUUUGAA